UCGAAUGCGACCUACAUCAUGAGCAGCAAAGGUGGAGCACAGCUUUGUAUUGAAGGGUUUCCAUUCACGAGACACAUGAUAUACGAGGAAACCGUUUACUGGCGCUGCAUACAGUUUCGUGCGUUGCGCUGUCCCGCCAGGCAUCGGCAGCGAAGAACGACAGGUUUGAUAGAGAUUGUUCAUUCGGAGCAUAAUCAUCCACCUAUCCAGAAUCGUCGGAAACGUGGUUCCCUCAAGCAAAUAAUACAACAACGGUUGAAAAAACAACCGAAACCAUUACCCAACUGAUUUAGACAUUGCAUACGGCAGAAGUACGAAAGGCAACGAACAGCUUAUGAUCGGUGGUCAACAUUAUAGCAGGCAGCGUGUCCGUCAGCGAACGAUUCGUUGGCGGUGU